CUCCAUCAUAUUUCCCAGAGUGUUUUUUGCCAAAAAAAUAAAAUUGAUUCGGAACAGCUUGUUUUCUAUCGGAUAUUACGCGAAAUUUAUUUAGGUUUAUCACAUUCUAAUGAACUCUUACGAAACUCCUAUAAUAUGCACCAACAAACUGUUUAGCUCAGCCCUCUUGCUCCAGUCCGCCUUUAGCGCAUUUAUAAAAAAAACAAAACGAAAAACACGGCCUGAUCCAUCUUUUUUGUGUUACAAGUGUAAAAAAGAAUCAAUCAAUCAAACAAAAAAACAAACAUACAGCCCUCAUAUAACGCAGUAUUAAAAAAAAAUAUUUUACAAAAACUAUACUCCACUACUACUCACAUAUAAAAGGAACAAGUUCCUGAUCGUAUCAAAACACUAAACAAAUCCCAAAAAUAUAUCAUUUACUCUUAAAACAAAAAAGAACAGAAACAGAAACUUGUCCAGCAGCAUUUUGCUAAAAAUUCCAACAAGCAAACUGAAAGCGCGCAAGCAAACCCUUCCAUGCAAUAUGGCCAAAAUGUAUGGAAAGGGUAAGACCGCCACUGAAUCGGAGGAACAGCAAAAAUUACGAUGGCAAGUGGAAUUGGAGUUUGUUCAAUGUUUGGCAAAUCCUAAUUACUUGAACUUUCUAGCACAACGUGGCUAUUUCAAGGAUCAAGCCUUUAUCAACUAUCUAAAAUAUCUGCAAUAUUGGAAGGAACCGGAGUAUGCCAAAUAUCUAAUGUAUCCCAUGUGCUUGUAUUUCCUUGAUCUCCUGCAGUAUGAACAUUUUCGCCGGGAAAUUGUCAAUUCACAGUGUUGUAAAUUCAUUGAUGACCAGGCCAUACUGCAAUGGCAGCAUUACACGCGAAAACGCAUCAAAAUGUUAAAUGCCGUCAAUGGCAAUGUCAAUAGUCAACUGAAUUCAACGACCGGUUCGAAUUUGGAUCUAAUGGAUGGUACACAACAACAAUCGGGCCAAUUAACAGGGCAACAACAGGCGACGCAGCAGCAAGGCGCUCAAGCCACAAAUGCCUUGGGUGGUAGUGUUGCUGGCAAUAUGCAAAAUGGUACAGUGUCCUCGGUUGGUGGUGGCGGUGGUGGGGGCACUACACCGCAAAAUCAAAUGGUUGGCCAGCCAGGUCAACAAUCUCAGCAACAACAAUUGAAUGGCAACUCAUCGAAUUCUUCCAUUGUUCCAAAUCAAAGCAACACUGGUGCUGCAAUGAUGCAAAAAAUUUAAUAAUUGCUUUUCAUUUAUAAUUAAUAUUAUUAUUAUUACAAAAA